UGGGAGCCUUCUGGGUGGGAGCUCCGCCGAGGCGCGUGACCGAGCCUGUGGGCUCACUGGGCUCACUGGGCUGGACGAGCCCUCGCCAGCGCUGACAGUUCCCUCUGGUCCUCGCUGCCCCCGGAGUGGUGGCACACAGCGAGAAUUCCCUUCCGCCCCGGAGGCUGCGUGUGCUCGGCACCACCAGGCUCUGACCGCCCGCAGCCCCAUGCUGGGAGACGGGAUGCUCUGGACGCUGGUCCUGCCGGCCCUCUGGGCCUUGUGCGGCGCUCAGGCUGGCGACCAGGACGAGGACACGGCCUUUGACCUUUUCAGCAUCAGCAACAUCAACCGGAAGACCAUCGGGGCCAAGCAGUUCCGGGGUCCCGACCCCCGUGGGCCGGCCUACCGCUUUGUGCGGUUUGACUACAUCCCGCCGGUGGGCGUGGCGUACCUGGGCCAGAUCGCCCGCCUCAUGCGGCAGAAGGAGGGCUUCUUCCUCACGGCCACGCUGAAGCAGGACCGCAAGUCCCGCGGCACGCUGCUGGCCCUGGAGGGCCCCGGCGCUGAGCACCGGCAGUUCGAGAUCGUGUCCAACGGGCCGGCCGACACGCUGGACCUCACCUACUGGCUGGACGGCGCCCAGCACGUCCUGUCCCUGGAGGACGUGGGCCUGGCCGACGCCCAGUGGAAGAACAUCACGGUGCAGGUGAUGGGCGAGACCUUCAGCUUGUACGUGGGCUGCGACCUGAUCGACAGCUUCGCGCUGGACGAGCCUUUCUACGAGCAGCUGAAGGCGGAGAAGAGCAGGAUGUACGUGGCCAAGGGCUCCGCCCGCGAGAGCCACUUCCGGGGCUUGCUGCAGAACAUCUACCUGGUGUUUGAAAACUCUGUGGAAGAUGUUCUUAGCAGGAAAGGUUGUCAGCAAAACCAGGGAGCGGAAGCCAACGCCAUCAGCGAGGACACGGAGACGCUGCACCUGAGCCCCGCGGUCACCACGGAGUACGUGGGCCUCGGCGCAGAGAGGCGGCCCGGGGUGUGCGAGCAGUCCUGCGAGGAGCUGGGCAGCAUGGCCAGCGAGCUGUCGGGGCUGCGGGCCGUGGUCAACCAGCUGCACGAGAGCCUGCGGAAGGUGUCGAACGACAACCAGGUGCUCUGGGAGCUGGUCGGUGGGCCCCCCAAGACCCGGAACGUGUCCGCCUGCUGGCAGGAUGGCCGCUUCUUCGCGGAGAACGAGACCUGGGUCGUGGACAGCUGCACCCAGUGCACCUGCAAGAAAUUUAAAACCGUCUGCCACCAGAUCUCCUGCCCGCCGGCGACCUGCGCCAACCCGUCGCUGCUGGAAGGGGCCUGCUGCCCGUCCUGCUUCCCCCUGGACGGUGAGGAGGGCUGGUCCCCGUGGGCCGAGUGGACCCAGUGCUCUGCCACCUGCGGGCCCGGCACCCAGCAGAGAGGACGGUCCUGCGAUGUCACCAGCAACACCUGCCUGGGCCCGUCCAUCCAGACACGGGCGUGCAGCCUGGGCAAGUGUGACCACCGCAUCCGGCAGGACGGUGGCUGGAGCCACUGGUCACCGUGGUCCUCCUGCUCCGUGACCUGCGGGCCUGGCAACAUCACCCGGAUACGGCUCUGCAACUCGCCGGUGCCCCAGAUGGGGGGCAAGGGCUGCAAGGGUGGCGGCCGGGAGACCAAAGGCUGCCAGGGUGUCCCAUGCCCAGUGGACGGCCGGUGGAGCCCCUGGUCCCCGUGGUCGGCCUGCACGGUCACCUGCGCCGGGGGCGUCCGGGAGCGCACGCGUGCCUGCAACAGCCCGGAGCCCCGGCAUGGGGGCAAGGCCUGCGUGGGGGAGGCCAAGGACCUGCAGAUGUGCAACAAGAGGAGCUGCCCCGUCGAUGGCUGCUUGUCCAGCCCCUGCUUCCCGGGAGCCGCGUGCAACAGCUUCCCUGAUGGCUCCUGGUCCUGCGGUGCCUGCCCAGUGGGCUUCCUGGGCAACGGGACCCACUGUGAGGAUCUGGACGAGUGCGCCCUGGUCGCCGACGUCUGCUUCUUCACGGCCAGCAAGUCCUCCCGCUGCGUCAACACCGACCCCGGGUUCCACUGCCUGCCCUGCCCCCCGCGGUACAAAGGGACCCAGCCCUUUGGGGUCGGCCUGGAGGCGGCUCAGACAGAAAAGCAGGUGUGUGAGCCCGAGAACCCCUGCAAGGACAAGACCCACAGCUGCCACCGGCACGCGGAGUGCAUCUACCUGGGCCACUUCAGCGACCCCAUGUACAAGUGCGAGUGCCAGACGGGGUACGCGGGCGACGGGCUCAUCUGCGGGGAGGACUCGGACCUGGACGGGUGGCCCAACAAGAACCUGGUCUGCGCCACCAACACCACCCACCACUGCAUCAAGGACAACUGCCCCCUGCUGCCCAACUCCGGGCAAGAAGAUUUUGACAAGGACGGCGUUGGUGACGCCUGCGACGACGACGACGACAACGACGGUGUUAGCGACGAGAAGGACAACUGCCAACUGCUCUUCAACCCUCGCCAGUCCGACUACGACAAGGACGAGGUGGGGGACCGCUGCGACAACUGCCCGUACGUGCACAACCCGGCCCAGAUCGACACGGACCACAACGGCGAGGGCGACGCCUGCUCCGUGGACAUCGACGGGGACGAUGUCUUCAACGAGCGAGACAACUGUCCCUACGUCUACAACACGGACCAGAGAGACACGGAUGGCGACGGCGUGGGCGACCACUGCGACAACUGCCCCCUGGUGCACAACCCCGACCAGACCGACGUGGACAACGACCUCGUGGGAGACCAGUGUGACAACAACGAGGACAUCGACGAGGACGGCCACCAGAACAGCCAGGACAACUGCCCCUACAUCGCCAACGCCAACCAGGCUGACCACGACCACGACGGCAGGGGUGACGCCUGCGACUCAGAUGACGACAACGAUGGGGUGCCUGACGACAGGGACAACUGCCGGCUCGUCCCCAACCCCGGCCAGGAGGAUGCCGACGGUGACGGGCGGGGAGACGCUUGCAAGGACGACUUCGACAACGACAGCAUCCCGGACAUCGACGACGUGUGUCCCGAGAACCACGCCAUCAGUGAGACGGACUUCAGGAACUUCCAGAUGGUCCACUUGGACCCCAAGGGCACCACGCAGAUUGACCCCAACUGGGUCAUCCGCCACCAGGGCAAGGAGCUGGUGCAGACGGCGAACUCCGACCCUGGCAUCGCCGUGGGUUUCGACGAGUUUGUGUCUGUGGACUUCAGCGGCACGUUCUAUGUCAACACCGACCGGGACGACGACUACGCUGGCUUUGUCUUCGGCUACCAGUCCAGCAGCCGCUUCUACGUGGUCAUGUGGAAGCAGGUGACCCAGACGUACUGGGAGAACGAGCCCACCCGCGCCUACGGCUACUCGGGCGUGUCCCUCAAGGUGGUCAACUCCACCACGGGCACCGGCGAGCACCUGCGGAACGCGCUGUGGCACACCGGGAACACGGCGGGCCAGGUUCGGACGCUGUGGCACGACCCCAAGAACAUCGGCUGGAAAGACUACACAGCCUACAGGUGGCACCUGACCCACCGGCCCAAGACGGGGUACAUACGGGUCCUCGUGCAUGAAGGGAAGCAGGUCAUGGCGGACUCGGGACCCAUCUACGACCACACCUACGCUGGUGGGCGGCUGGGCCUGUUUGUCUUCUCUCAAGAAAUGGUCUACUUCUCAGACCUCAAGUACGAGUGCAGAGAUGCGUGACCGGACCGGCCGCAUUUCCCGCACGCACUGCAGAUGCCGGCGCCCCGACGCCUCGGCCACCCCGGUCCUGCGGCUUCUCUCGCUUCAGCACCUCUUCUGUCCUUGACCUUCACUCCGGGGGGCUCUUCCCCUGCCGUCGUCAGCCCCGAGGGCGCACACCAGUGGGACCCGGAGAUGAACUCCGACCCGGCGCUGGAAACAGCGACGGUGCCGCAGACUUCGGGUGCGGGGACCGCCGACAGGGUGCUGCUGCUGCUCGUUGGCCUCACAGGCCUGACGCUUACGUGUAAAACGCGGUUCCUCUCUGUGCCGGCGCGCGCGUGCGCCUGACGGGGACGCGGUGCGUGGGGACGCGCGGUGCGUGGGGCGCCGUCGGACCCUACGCGGAAGGACACGGCACACGGCUUGCUUUGCCUGCAGCCGCCGCUGGUGGGUGGGGGCAGCCCCGUGGGAACGGGUCCUGUGCGGUCCCUUCGGAACCAGGCGCACGCGAGUGGGAGUGACGCCGGCAGGGACGAGGCCGGGCCAGCGCGGGUGCGGGCGCCAGGGGCCAGCUCCGUGGGUCUUUGGAAACGAUCCCGAGAGGGGUGUCCUCUGCGGAGGGAUGUCCUGCCGAAGGGCUCGGACGCGGGCCAGACGGGGCCCGGCGAGGCUGCCUCUGGGCGACAGUGUGACGGAGCGCGGUGCUCUCCCUCGGGCUGUCUCAUACACGGCCCCGCGGGCCGCGCCCGUGGGCGCCCGCCCCGACCUGGUAUCGCGCUUCGCGACCUGAAAGGCUCCAGUCACAGGUGCCGGGCUGCCGUUUGCGGGAAGAACGAGACCGCAGCUCCGUUCCCCGGGAACUUCUCUUCCAUCUGCCGAGGGGCGCACGGACGCGCGCCCAGUGCACAGUGACACCAGACGGUCGUCACCGCAGAAGGCCUUCCCGUCAGAAACCCGGGGCGUUGUCAUCCGCGUUGUCGGGGCAGCUCGCUGCGUGGCGGGGCGGGGUACGCGAGGAAGAGCGGGAGUUCGGGGGGGACCCUGAGCGUGCGCUGCCUCCGCGGGCGCCCUCCCCCCUUCCGCCGCGCACCUCCCCCGCGCGGUCUGCAGUGCGGGGCUGGAUCUGCGGCUGCGUGGUCGGCCGGCCCUCCCGAUGCGCAUGCGCCCUCUCCCCGCGGUCCGCAGGGCCACUGGUCGCUUUCAGUCGCGGGAUGCCCUCCACGGGCGUUCAUCCGCGGGGCCGGGCUCGGCCGGCUGGGGCAGCUCUUUCCUUUCUACCGGUAGUGAUCUGCUUUUGGUGUCAGUCAGAGAGAAUCCAUAGCUUUUGCCUGAGCGCGCACAUGUCAUUCGCUAAAGAUAUGUUUGCUGCCUUUUUUGAGGUUUUCUUCGUUUUGCUGCACUUGCUGCUUUUUGCGUGGACCUGCCUUCCCGAGACAGCAGGGUCGGAGACGCCGUGCCACGCGAGGGCGGCGAGGGCACACGUUCUCCACGUCGGUGGCGUGGGCCGAAGGACACAGGGUGUGGGGUGAUGUGAAUAUUUAGAAUGUACCAUAGUUUUUGUAAAUUAUUUAUGUUUUUUUAAACAGACUUCUCAUACAGAUUGAUGAAACGCCAUCUGUUUUGCCAAAGACUGUAAAUAUUUAUUUAUUUGUUCACUUGGUCAACAUUUCGCCGCAGACACCCUGCAUUCAGCUAGAGCCUCAUGUUUAUACUUCAAAGAUUAAAAACAGAAAAUAAAUUGUAAAAAGAUUUUCUAUAAAUGAA